CUUUUCUAAAUGCUUAAACUUUCAUUACCAAAUUCAUCCUCAAACUCAAUCAUUCAUACAUUCACCUUCUUCCCUCACUUUCUUAACACAAGCUAAGAAAAACACCAAAAACCAUGGAAAAUCACCUAAACUCACUCUCAAACUCGAACUCAAACUCGAACUCAAACUCGAACUCGAAAAAACCACGUGCAAUAAUAAUAGCACAUCCCCUACAAGGUCAUUUAAUCCCCACAAUACAACUAGCAAUAAAGCUAGCAUCCAAAGGAAUAUCCAUAACUUUCAUAAACACUGAAAACAUUCACCAUCAGAUCACCACCUCUAACCCCACCGCCAUCGAUACUGAUGGCGGUGGGGAUAUCUUUAUCGAGGCCCGAAAUUCAUCGGGCCUCGAUAUCGAUUACAUGACGGUCUCAGACGGUCUACCCUUAGAGUUUGAUAGAUCAUUGUACCAUGAUCAAUGGGUAGGAGCUACUAUUCACUGUUUUCCAGCUCAUGUAGAGGUUGCUGUGGCUAAGAUUGUAAGAUCUAAACCGUUGACUUGUUGUUUAAUUGUUGAUAGUUAUUCAGUUUGGGCAUCUAAAGUGGCUAAGAAGUUUGGGUUGUUUCAUGUUUCGUUUUGGACUGAGGCUGCUAUGGUGCUUGAUUUUUACUUUCAUCUUCAUUUGCUCAAGGAAAAUGGUCAUGUUGGUCCUGGAUCAAAUGCACGUAACGAUACCAUAGACUACAUACCGGGAAUAUCUUCAGUUAAACGCUCAGAUUUAACAUCAUAUCUUCAAGAAGAGGACUUGACAACAAUGUCACAUCAAUGCAUCUUGCCAUCAAUGGAGGAUACUAAACGAGCCGAUUUUAUACUUGGAAAUAAUGUCCAUGAGCUUGAGGCCCAAACCAUUGAAGCCAUUCAAAAAACAACACCAUUUUAUGCUAUUGGGCCAUUAUUUCCACCUGGUUUCACUAAAAGCCCAGUGGCUAGUAGCUUAUGGGCCGAGUCUAACUGCAUUGAUUGGUUAGACUCAAAAUCUCCUAGCUCAGUUUUGUACAUUUCUUUUGGUAGCUAUGCACAUAUUAGCAAGGAGGAGCUUGAGGAGAUAGCUAAUGGAAUCAAGCUUAGUAGGGUUAACUUCUUGUGGGUUAUCCGACCCGAUAUGGUGAGUUCUGAUGAUCUAGAUCCACUUCCUAUUGGGUUUAGGAACGAGGUUUGUGAUCGAGGGAUGAUUGUGACAUGGACUUGUCAGACAUCAGUGCUAUCUCAUCGUGCAAUAGGAGGAUUCUUAACACAUUGUGGUUGGAAUUCGACACUAGAAAGUAUAUGGUGUGAAAUUCCACUUUUGUGUUUUCCGUUGUUGACUGAUCAAUUUACCAACCGCAAACUAAUUGUGGAUGAUUGGAAAAUCGGAUGCAACCUUUGUGAUGAGAAACCCGUGAAAAGAGAAGAGGUAUCACAAAAAAUAAAGGAUUUAAUAAGUGGAUCUAUGGGAUAUGAACUUAAAGAUAAGAUCAAGGGGGUCAAGCGAAUACUAGAAAAUGCAAUGACAACAAACGGAUCUUCAGACAAAAAUGUUGAUAGUUUCAUCAACGAACUAAUUGGUGCAGACAUCAAUAAGAAAUCUACAUAAAUGUUACUUCCUUCACUAUUUUCAACUAAUUCCAAUGUUAUUGAUGUUAAGUGUAGUAAUUUUCAAGAGUAGUGUGUGUAUUAGUAUGGUAGUUUUUUUUUUUUUUUUUUUUGACAGGGUAUUAGUAUGGUGGUUCCUUCUAUUAGUAUGUUGUGCUUUUAUGAAUUAUUGUUUCAGUCUAUGUUAAAUAAAUGCACUUUUUUAUGGUA